AUGGGUGUGAAUGAGCCCGGCGUCGUGGUUCCCAGGGCACUAGUCGCAAGCCAAGCUCAAGGAUGGAUCACUUUAUUCUCCGCGACACGGUUGUGUAACGACACUUUUGCUGUGCUGCGUCUGCGCGACACCCGCGAUGCCAUCAUGGCAGUGGUAUCGGCAGGCAAGCUUGUAGCGAUGGACCAAUGUAGGACAGUACCCAACUAUGUAGGUGGAAUCCACGAGUCCCUGACGUGCAGGUCAUAUUCUUUAGCAAAGCUUUGGUCUUUGGAUGCCGGCGCCGUUGAUCGGGCUAAAGAUUCCGUAUCCGCCUCGAUCGUGUUGGCUUCAGGGGAUGGCAGCUCUCUAGACUCUAGCUCAGCCCUAGAAGAUGGUUACCUACCUCUCAUGUCUUGA